GUUUAUCUCGUACGUAUGCUAUAAUUAAGAUAGUUGCUCCCUUGGAAACUGUCUUAGCUGUUAAUAUAUUCAAAUGAGCAAAUGUCAACAAUAUACAAAAAGACCCCUCUCUGAUGUUGUCAUGAAAAUUGUCUGCGGCUACUGGUCCUUCAAUUCAUCGCACGAAGCCGCGGUAACUAGUUUUCGGCGUAACGCGGCUAUAAUUUUUAACUGUUGUAGCUUAUAAACUAUAACUCCAUCAUGAUAAAAAAACUUCGUGCGUUGAAAUCCAAGAAGAAGAAGAAGACAAAAGAAGCGUCGAGCACGGCCAAGGAGAAAGUUGAUAAAGACAGCGUUAAAACUAAAUCCGGCAAAGGUUCAAAAUCCACUGACACAAGUAAUGCUGAAGCAAGCAAUACUUGCACUGUGGGCUCGGAAUAUGAGUGGGCAACCGUCAAGGUACCAAAUUCUCCAACGGUGAUUCCUGAUACUAAUCCGGACAGCAUAGAUCAAGCAGCAGGUAGUUCGAAUUUGCUGCCUACGAGUGGGUACCCGUCAGUAUCUACCUCAAACCCCAGUCAUCCAAAGCUGAGCUUGCAGCAGUGGAUGCGUGAACGAGACAAUCAAAUGCCUUUGUCCGUGGAAGAUUUGCCCGUGAUAGCGAGGAGGAGAAGAAGAAGAAGCAGAAGCAUACGGAAUCGAGUCAAACGGAACAGAACUCCCCUUCCUUGCUUUAAAAAUUCUAAUAUCCCUAAAAGUACAUAUGCUGAAACACAACGAAAAAUCAAGGCUAUGACUCAACGAUCCGGUCUCACUAUUCUAAAACCAUCUAAAAAAGUUCGGCCGUUAAAAAAAAUUUCUGAAAAAUCGAAUUCACCUAUGAAGGUAAUAAAAUAUACUCAUUCAUAUUCAGCCAAGAAGACUCCAAAAGAGACUCCAAAAGAGACUCCAAAGAAGACUCCAAAAAAGACUCCAAAGACGACUCCAAAGGAUUCUUCAAUUCCUUUAGGAGGUAGUCCUGAACAUAAGAAAGAUUCCAUUGAAGGGAAUUUAGGUUCCGCUGAAGCUUCUGGUUCCUCUCCAAAACUGUGUUCCACUCAAGUCUUGGGUUCUCCUGCAAUUGGGUCAAACACUACAAAUUUGCAUAUAGCCAUAGCUCCAUCAUCUACUGAAACUGUGAAUUCUGAUCAUUCCUCCAAAGCUUCCAAAGAAGAAAUUGUAGAGUAUGAUGAGAAUCCGGACGCUUCCUCGACUCCAACAGAGCUUCUAUUGGACGAGGGGAGAUCCUCUUCAGUUUACUAUUUACCAGCAACAGCCGUUGACAUACCAGAAGAAGAUCCCGAUGAGAUAACAUUUUUCACUUCAAGAGCAUCCCGACACCGAAUACAAAGGAGGGAGCAAUUGAUGAAUAAUAAGCAAAAGCGAACUUCCAUCAUAAUAGCUAUUAUUUUACUGGCCGUGUUUUUUAUAUGUCUGAGUGUGCCUUUUAUAAUCAAUCAAUUAUGAUGAAUGCAGGAGAAAUGAAAUUGCUAUCGAAAAAUCAAUAUUUUAUGCUUUGAAACCGAUGGGAUGAUUUUUAAUUGUAUUAAUUUUUAAAAUAUAU